AUGUUAGCUGCUACGAUCGAUGGCAAUGAAACUCAGCCCUCCACCUCCUUCUCCAAAGAAUCGUCACAACCAUGCCGCCACUUCGAAUUUCCUGAAAUUCUCUCAGCAACCAAUAACUUUGACGAAUCAUUAGUAAUUGGGUGUGGGGGUUUUGGAAAAGUUUACAAAGGUAACAUCAUCAGCGGUUCAACUGUUGUUCUUGCUGCCAUUAAACGGUUGGAUUCUAUGUCAAGUCAAGGGGAAUCAGAGUUCUGGGCAGAAGUCGAGACUCUUUCCAAAUUGCGUCACUGUUUGGUUACUGUAAUUACGAAAAAGAGAUGA